GCGUGGUAAUCGCCAGUAUUAAGAGCGAAGUAGUGACAGCAUAAUGGCUUCUGCUUCGCUUUCAACCCCCCGGUUGCCGGCUCUUCAAUCCGUUCGCAGGGCAAGAGGCGGUGCUCGUCAAUUAGGAAGCCUGUCAGCCAUUAGCGGAAAGAUUAGACUCGUGCCGAAGAUUGCAAUCGCGAAGGUGGGAAUAGCAUUCGCCCCUAUUCUGGUUCUCUCCAGGAAUCAGAUAUCAUGCUCCGCCGCUAAGCCAGACACUCUGAAAACGGUCCAAGGCAUCAUUGCCAAGCAGUUCUCUGUCGAUGAAAGCACAGUUGCUCCCGAGACCAAGUUUGCCGACUUGGGCGCCGAUUCUCUUGGCACGGUGGAGAUCGUGAUGGCUUUGGAAGAGACGUUCAGAGUUUCGAUGCGAAGGGGAGCCGAGAACAUCGUUACCGUCCAGGAUGCAGCAGAUUUGAUAGAGAAAGUGAAGGCAGGCUCCGCUUGA